AUGAAAUCUCCAUCAAUAUUAUUACAACUAUUACAAGAGACACCAAAUAUAGCAUCAUUAAAAAUCUGUAAAGAUACUUUGCUUCAAAUGUUCAACAAUCGAGAAUUAUGCGAAAAAAUGAACAAAACGAUAAUGAAAUUAGAUAUUACUAGCAAUGAGGCUUCUUCGUGUAUAAAUCUAAAUGAAAUAGUCAAAGUUGGUCACAUAUUUUCAAAUAUUGAACAACUUCAGUGUUGCUUCAAUCUACCGGAUAAAUUGCCAUUAUUAGUCAAUGAACUAGGAAAAUUAUCAAAUCUGAAACUAUUUUCGUUCAGAUCACGUUUCACUUAUUGUAUGAAUGAAUGGUUAAAAAAUCAUGCUUCCGAAUUAAACAAAUAUUCAUUCACGAUACAAUGCAAACCGUAUGAAGAUGAUGAUUGUGAUGAUUAUGAUGAUGAUGAUGAUGACUAUCAAUAUGAAUUUCGUGAUUAUCAAUAUGAUGAUAAUGAUGACUAUUCGUUCAAUCAUUACGAUUUAUUUGAUUUUGAUAAUUAUUAUUCCAAUUUUGACUAG